GCCUCUCUCAGUCGAAAUCGCGUCGUCGAGGCAAGAACAUUGCCCACUGUGUGUCCACAGUUUGACAUGCACAGCUAGCCAAUUGCUUUCGAACCCAAAGAAGAACUCUGGUUAUUCCCCGAGGAAGAUGCAGCAGCUUCCUCCGCUGGUCGCGGAUUUAUGCUGAGCUGCAGCUGCCUUCCAGGAGAGGAGUAGGUUCUUCUCAUCGGUGCUGCUGUUGUACAGUUCUUUUUUUCCGCCGUGGAAUUUGUCGAAGCGGAAAAGCGGCGAGAAGCAGCAGCAGCGCCCGCGAAGCCCUCAAAGUGUCCGACGAAAAUCGUUAAAAAAUAGCAGAGCAACAAAAAAAAAACAACACUCAAUCGGCGACUAUGUCACGACGCGCUUGAAGACCGUUAUAGAUAGGCAAAGAUUUGGGAUUUGCAGGAGAGAUCCAAACAGAACAGAGCCUGCUACAGCAGCUCCCGAAGCUUCAGCGGCUUCUUUAAUCCAUUUUCACCCAUCUUUAAGCUCAGGAUUCGCAUGGACAAAGGCACAAUGAAGCGCAAGCAGAGGAGAUACAGAACCACAUUCAACACCCUUCAGCUGCAGGAGCUGGAGCGGGCCUUUCAGCGCACCCACUACCCCGAUGUCUUCUUCCGGGAGGAGCUGGCCGUACGCAUAGACCUGACAGAGGCCCGAGUCCAAGUGUGGUUUCAGAACCGGCGAGCCAAGUGGCGAAAGCAGGAGAAGAUCGGUGGCAUGGGAGGCGGAGAGUACAAGGAGGGAGCCCUCGAGCUGGAUGUGACGACGGCAGCGGCCUACGAUGACAGUGCCAGUGCUGUGCUCGGGCAACUAGACAGUGCUUUGGGUGGCAGUGGAACCCUUCUGCCAGACACACCCCCGCAAUCCUCCAACUCCUUGGACAACGAACUUAAGGCUCCCUAUGGAACAGGCGGCAUGUCGCCUUCGCGGCUAUCGCCCAAUAUCUUCUUGAACCUCAACAUUGACCACCUUGGACUGGAGAGAGGAGGCAGUGGCCUGUCCAUGGAAUGGUCCACCUAUCCACCUCAGAGUCAGGGCCAGACGCAACCGCAAAUGGAGGUGGAAAACCAACAGCUUCAGCAGCAGCAGCAGCAUCAGCAGCACCCGCCUCAGCAGCUUCAUCAGCAGAAUCCUCACCAGGAGAAUCCGCACCAGCAGCAGCACCAUCAGCAGGCUCUGGAGCUUGCCAACGCCUUGGACCUGGACAUGACCGAUGGCUCUUCCGCCUACGAUGAGAUGAAGUUCCUCAGCGUGGACCAGUUCACGAUCGAUAGUUUCAAGGCGGACUGCAUACUCAGCAUGCAGGAGCAAUCCCAGCUGCAGCCCUAUGUGGGACACUCCUCCCACUCGCUGGGAGUCAGUGCCUCCAACUCGGAACUCUGCCUGGAAGGUAUUGGUAUUGGCAUCGGCAUGUCUGCCUUUGGCAUGGAGGAAGGCGAGCCCAAGACGCCGCCUUCGCUUUUGGUGCUGGAUAAAACGUUGCCCUCGUUGAGUAUUGGCGUGGAGGGUAUCGCUGAUCUGGUUGAGCAACUGCAUCAUCAUCAUCAUCAUAGCCAUCACCAGGAGGGCGGAGGCAUCACCAGCGAUGUUUUUUCUAAUGGAUGUGUAGCUGCUCUAGGUCCUAGGGAAGCCUUGUUUUAGCUGUAUUCUUGUUUUCUAGUCAAUGUCGAUAAGUCUAGGCUUAAGUUCCAGACCAAAAAGGAUCAACACAACACAGAAACCAUGGAAAAACAUGGGAAGAAGAAUUAUAAUAACAAAAUCUGCACAUUAUAUGGCAGCCAAACCGUGCGAUGAGGCUUACUUAAAAAAUAAACACAUAUUUCCGUUAAAUAUGAUUUUGAUUUAAAGUUUUUAUUUUAAAUUUUCCAAAAAGAAAGUUUAAAGAUCAAAUAUACAAAUUUUUGGGAAGAAAAUAUGUGCUCUGAUACUCACAAUUUCUUUUAGUUUUAAUUCAAAUUUUAAAAUUUUUUUUAUUUUUUCUUAAGAGUGAGGUAGUUGUCAGGCUCCACGCUCAUAAUUCGUUGCCCAUCCAUGUUUUAAAUAAAUUUAAAUUUUAUAUAUAAAUCAAACAAGUGUAAUCAUUUAAACAAAUUGUGAAAUUUCAACCUUGUAAGUCUAGUUUAGUUUAAGGCCAAAUAUAAA